GGGAAGCGGUGGCUCAGGCACAGCAGCUCUGCUGGCGCAGGCAGGAGGUGCAGGAGGAUUAUUAAAUAACGCAGCUCGACUCCGCAACUGGGAGUGGAGAGAAGGAGCUCAACAGCCGAGAAGGGGAGGGAGGGCAGAGGAGGGGUCCAGGAAAGACACCCCCGUGCCCCGAAGACGCAAACCCCUGAUUGCCCAAGAGGAGCCUUAACAAGCAGCGCGGAGCCUUCAAGGCUGCUAAGUUGGCUAUCACAGUGCAUGCCUUGGAGUCCCAAUGGGGGACUCCGGAUCAAGACGAUCUACCCUGGUUUCCCGGUUGCCAAUAUUCAGAAGAAGUAUUAGCAGAAGACAUGAUUCCCUUCCUUCUUCACCCUCCUCCAGUAAUACAGUUGGUGUCCACAGCUCCUCUCCUUCCAGCACCAACUCAAGCUCAGGUAGCACAGGUAAACGCAGGAGCAUAUUCCGUACUCCUUCCAUUAGUUUUCACCAUAAGAAGGGGAGUGAACCUAAGCAAGAAUCUACCAACCAGAACCUUAGUAUUUCAAAUGGUGCUCAGGCUGGUCACAGCAGUAUGCAAAAACUGAGUUUGGAAGAACAUAUUAAAACCAGGGGAAGACAUUCUGUUGGUUUUAGUAGUUCACGGAAUAAGAAGAUAACAAGAUCUUUGACAGAGGAUUUUGAAAGAGAAAAGGAGCACUCAACGAAUAAGAAUGUCUUUAUAAAUUGCCUAAGUUCUGGCAAAAGUGAGGGAGAUGAUUCUGGAUUCACAGAACAAACUCGCCGUUCUGUUAAGCAGUCAACAAAGAAGCUGCUUACUAAAUCUUUUUCAUCUCACUAUAAAUUUUCUAAACCAGUUCCACAGAGCCAGUCCAUUUCAUUGGUACAACAGUCUGAAUUCUCACUAGAAAUUACACAGUACCAAGAGAGAGAACCUAUAUUAGUAAGAGCUUCUCCAUCUUGUUCUGUGGAUGUAACAGAACGGGCAGGAAGCUCUUUACAGUCUCCAUUGCUUUCUGCUGAUCUCACCACAGCUCAGACACCUUCAGAGUUCUUAGCCUUGACUGAAGAUUCUGUGUCUGAAGUAGAUGCAUUUUCUAAAAGUGGAAGCAUGGUAUCCCACUGUGACAACCUUGGCCACAAUGAUUCUACCUCUCAGAUCUCUCCCAAUCCUGCUGCUGUUACAAAGACAAUAGACCUUAUGAAUACUAUUCCCUGUGCAGUUAUGUCUCCUGGAAAAUAUAGGUUAGAAAGUCGGUGUAGCACUGAAUCUAAUUCCUUACCAGAAACCUCUGCUGCUAAUCAGAAGGAAGUGUUAUUGCAAAUCACUAAUCUGCCUGUCAUGAAUGGGAGUGACUCAAAGACUCACCUAUCAGCAGAUACUCAAGUAGAAGAGCAAAUGAUAUUACAAAAUGGUGAAAUGAUGCUGGCAAGUAGCUCUCCAAGGAAACUUGGAUUUUAUGAACAACAUAAAUCAAUAGCUGAACGUGUUAAAGGGAUCCAUCCUAUUUCAGAUUCAAGGAUAAUACCUUCUGGCGAUCGUCACGUUUUUAACAAAACAUCAUAUGGAUGUGAUGCAAAUCCUGCCAAAGUUCUUGCCAGUAGCCUCAGUCCAUAUCGUGAAGGAAGAUUUAUAGAGAGGCGACUACGAUCCUCAUCAGAAGGAACUGCAGGGAGUAGCAGAAUGAUUUUGAAACCAAAAGAUGGAAAUAUAGAAGAAGUUAAUAGUCUAAGAAAGCAACGAACAGGUUCGUCAUCUUCAAAAAUGAACAGCAUGGAUGUUUUGAAUAAUUUGGGAUCUUGUGAACUGGAUGAAGAUGAUCUAAUGCUUGAUCUAGAAUUGUUAGAAGAACAGAAUCUUCAUCCUUCUGUUUGCCGGGAGGAUUCAUACCACUCUGUAGUCUCCUGUGCUGCUGUGGUUCUCACUCCUUUGGAACCAACAAUAGAAAUGAAGAAAAGGGAAGAACUAAAAUUUCCUGAACCUUCCAAACAGAACCUUUCCCUGAAAUUAACAAAAGACAUUGAUCAGGAAGCCAGGUGUUCCCAUAUAAACAGAAUUCCCAGCAGUCCAUCUGCAGAUUGGCCUCUGCAAGGUUUGGAAGAAAAUGGAGGCAUAGAUUCUCUACCAUUCAGACUGAUGUUGCAGGACUGCACGGCUGUUAAGACGUUAUUGUUAAAGAUGAAGAGAGUUCUGCAAGAGAGUGCAGAUAUGAGCCCAGCAAGCAGCACCACUUCACUUCCUGUUAGUCCUCUUACCGAAGAGCCAUUGCCUUUCAAGGAUAUAAUGAAAGAUGAAUGCUCAAUGCUGAAGCUGCAGCUGAAAGAGAGAGACGAACUCAUUUCCCAACUUCAGGAAGAGCUGGAAAAAGUCCAGCAUUUACAGAAGGCUUUUGCUUCAAGAGUAGAUAAAUCCACACAGACUGAACUUCCAGGAUGUGAUGGUUUGAACCUGAGAAGAUUGGAGACAGUACAAGGAGGGAGAGAGGCUACAUAUCGAAAUCGAAUUGUGAGCCAAAGUCUCAGCACAAGGGACAGAAAAGCAAUGCAUACUCCCACCGAGGACCGUUUUAGAUACUCAUUGGCUGACCAGACAAGCCCCUACAAAAGCAAGACCUGUCAACUGUCAAAUCUAUGUUUAAGUAAUUUCUUGAAGGACAAGGAACUAGCAGAAGUUAUUAAACAUUCAAGAGGAACUUAUGAAACCCUCACUUCAGAGGUCACCCAGAACCUGCGGGCCACUGUUGGGCAGAACUCUCUAAAGCCAACGGCUAAGACCGAAGGGCUCCCCACGUUCUCAGAGAAACCAAAGGACCAGGCUGCUGUGGCCAGACAGCAUUCAACCUUCACAGGCAGAUUCGGACAGCCACCAAGAGGGCCAAUCUCUUUACACAUGUACAGCAGAAAGAAUGUUUUUCUCCAUCAUAAUUUACACACCACUGAGCUGCAGACUCUCGGCCAGCAGGAUGGAUAA